GCAGAUGAUCCAUCAUGCAAGCUGCUUGGGAGAUCACAACUUCCAAUGUUUUCAAAGAAUGGAGAUAUCAUACUUGGAGCAAUUUUUUCAUUUCACGACAAUCUUGACAUUGUCAAAAUCAAGUUUAACUCUAUGCCUGAUACAAUAACAUGUAAAGACUUAAAUUUUAGAGAGUUUCAGUUUGCUGAAAGUAUGAUUUUUGCAAUUGAAGAAAUAAAUAAUAGUUCCGAGUUACUUCCUAAUGUAACACUGGGAUUUGAGAUUUAUGAUGCCUGUGAUUCAAUACUUCUGGCUAUAAAAGCUGCCAUGGCUCUAGUGAAUAAACAAGAAGAUGUGCUGGCUAAUGGUUCAUGUGUAAUUCCGUCUACUGCCCAUGCUGUUAUAGCACAGUCUGAUUCAUCACCGACUAUUGGGAUUGCAACGACUUUACGACCAUUUCAUAUACCAGUGAUAAGUCAUUUUGCUACAUGUGCCUGUCUUAGCAACAAGAAUGAUUUCCCUACCUUCUUCAGGACCAUCCCAAGUGAUUAUUAUCAAAGUAGGGCCCUUGCACAACUGGUAAAGCAUUUUGGAUGGACUUGGGUUGGAACAAUUAGAAGUGACAAUGAUUAUGGCAACAAUGGAAUGGCAACAUUUGCAGAAAUUGCUGAACAAGAAGGAGUCUGCAUUGAAUAUUCUGUGGCCGUUUUCAGAACCAACCCACGAGAAAAAUUUCUCCGAAUUGUAGAUGUUAUAAGGCAGUCCACUUCAAAAGUUAUUGUUGCUUUCAUGUCCUUUAUAGAAAUGGAAUUUCUAGUAAAAGAGUUGCUACUACAGAAUGUCACUGGAUUUCAGUGGGUAGGCAGUGAGUCAUGGGCUUCUGCGAAAAACCUUGCUACAGCAGAACAUUACAAAAUUAUUGGUGGAGCAAUUGGAAUUGCAAUUGGCAAUGCAGUAAUACCAGGAUUAAAGGAAUUUUUGGUCAGCGUUAGGCCAUCUAACAGUAAUUUCAAUGCAGGUUUGAAAGAGUUCUGGGAAAGUAUCUUUAAUUGUACCUGGACUUCUCAUGAUGGCAUUAUGGCCGAAAGGCUUUGUACUGGUGCAGAGAAUUUACAAGAAGUCAGUAAUCAAUACACAGACAUCACAGAUUUGGGAAUUACAAACAAUGUGUACAAAGCUGUGUAUGCCGUGGCAUAUUCUCUUCACGAAAUUUUAGAAUGUCAAAGUAAACAGAACUCACUAAACAGUCAGACCUGUAAAAGGAACAUUAAAAUUGAACCUUGGCAGGUUGUGGAGACACUGAAAAAAAUUAAUCUGACAACACCAAAUGGUGAGAGCGUCUAUUUUGAUAAGAAUGGUGAUCCCACUGCAAGAUAUGAUUUAAUAAACUGGCAGCUUGAUAAAGAGGGAACUGCAACAUUUGUAACAAUUGGCUUCUAUGAUGCAUCUUUUCCUAAAGGAAAGGAGUUCAUAAUGAACAAUAUCAGCAUUGUUUGGGCUGAAAGACGAGACACGGUGCCGGUAUCUAUUUGCACUGACAGCUGUCUCCCUGGCACACGUAAGGCUGUUCAGAAAGGAAAGCCUGCUUGCUGCUUUGACUGCAUACCAUGUGCUGAAGGUGAAUUCAGCAAUGAAACCAAUUCCAUUGACUGUACAAAGUGUCCUUUGGAGUAUAAAUCAAGUAAAGAAAAGGAUCGCUGCAUCUUAAAAGAGAUUGAAUUCCUGUCAUUUGUAGAAAUCAUGGGGAUAUUGUUAGUUGGUUUUGCAUUAUUAGGAGCUGCCUUCACAAUUGCUAUUGCUGUUAUCUUUUUCUAUUUCAGAGAUACACCUAUUGUUAGAGCUAACAACUCAGAACUGAGCUUCCUUUUGUUAUUUUCCUUAACACUGUGUUUCUUGUGCUCCAUCACAUUCAUUGGUGAACCAUCUGAUUGGUCCUGCAUGCUGCGCCACACAGCUUUUGGCAUCACAUUUGUCUUAUGCAUCUCUUGCGUUUUGGGUAAAACAGUAGUAGUGCUGAUGGCAUUUCGGGCAACUCUGCCUGGAAAUAACAUUAUGAAAUGGUUUGGUCCAACCCAGCAGAGGUUAAGUGUUUUAUUUUUUACAUUCAUUCAAUGUAUAAUAUGUUUCUUGUGGUUAAUAACAUCACCUCCAUUUCCUAAUAUGGCAUAUUAUGUGGAAAAAAUCAUUUUAGAAUGCAAUUUGGGUUCCAUUACAGCAUUCUAUUCUGUAUUAGGAUAUAUUGGGCUCCUUUCUGCUAUGUGUUUUGCUCUGGCAUUUUUAGCUCGGACAUUACCAGACAACUUUAAUGAGGCUAAAUACAUCACAUUCAGUAUGUUAAUAUUUUGUGCUGUCUGGAUCACUUUUAUUCCAGCUUAUAUAAGUUCACCUGGAAAGUAUACUGUAGCUGUUGAAAUAUUUGCUAUUUUAGCAUCCAGUUUCUCUUUGCUGUUUUGUAUCUUUGCUCCAAAAUGCUACAUUAUCUUAUUAAAGCCUGAGAGAAACACAAAGAAGUACAUGAUGGGUAAAACUACCUAA